UCUACUAAAAUGAGCAAAAAUAAACAUGAAGAUGAGGAAGUAUCUGAAUUUGGUAUACAUAAAACAAAGUACAGCAAAGAAACUAUUACACAAAAUGCUCACGCCAGUUCACCAAUAGUCCAUGUUCACAAAAGUUUCACCAUAGACGAUGUAGUUGAAUUAAGCGGUGCCGAUGGUGACUUCAACGACGCAUCUGAUGUCGACGUCAGAUCUGAUUCGGAUCAGCACUUUAGUGAUGGCGAGCUUGUCUCUUCAGGUGGUCAUACAGUUAUAUCUGUGUAUCAUCGCCCAAAUGGUGAUAAAAGACGAAAACGAAGAAGAAAUGUGGAUGAUGGUGAUGGUAAUGACCAGUCGUUGGAAGAUUUGUACACAGCAAAUAUGGACUACAAACUUGAAUUACAAGAGAAAAAGCCCUACCUACAGGAGCCAGAUUUUGUUGGGUCAAAGGUUGAAGUUCUUAAGUUGCAUGCUGCUACCCUCAUCUCGGAAACAUCUCGAGAGAAAGCUGACUUGGAAGCAGUAAAUAACUUGGAGCAAAAAAUUGGUCACCCUUACAAAAUUGUCAAACAACUUUUACGAGCUGAAGGAGAUGAAUUUGAAGAAAAAGUUGAAAAGGUGAUGCAAAUUGUUGGGCUAGAGCAUCAACUUCCAGAUUCUAUGUCAUCCAAAAAAUGGGUUAGAGCAGUGCAGAGCACUUUCACCUCUAAGGUUUUAAAACGUACUUGCAGCCUAGCAGACUUUCAGAGAUGUUUGACUGUCUUACAACUGAUCACUUUAACUGGUGGAGUUAGAGCAGAAACAGUGGUGUUUGAGUAUUUGACUCUUGCUUCUGGAGUGAAAUUCUCAGAGGAACAGCAACUUUUGGUAAUUAGACUUCUGGAGUCAAUUGACAAUCCAUCCAAGAACUUUAUCAGGAAGAUUUUGAAAUACUACCAAGACCUAAGAAAGAAAAAAUCUAGCCUUGCUAAUCACCUACUGGAAGGACUAGGUUCUUUAGGAAGCAGAGUGAAAUUUGAAGAUUUCAUACACGAGAUGAAGUUGAUCUUACAACAGGAACUGAAAGACAUAUCUGAUGAUUCAUGUCGGUUUUCAGACAAAAUGACACAUGUAUUUAAGUCCAUUGGAAACUGGGCCAAUCCUAUUAUGAUUUCUGAUGUCAUAACAUUUGCAAACAAAUGCCCAAAAGAAUUUGCGUAUAAAGUGUUAGCUGUAGAGGGACUUCAACACUUAAGUCACAUGGAAGAAGUACAAGAAUGGUUGCUUCAAGCAUUCAAAAAUGAGGACUGCGAGGUACAGCAGAAAAUCUUAAAAAUUAUUGGUCAACAGUUAUCAUCUGUCCAUGAUAACCGUCUGUAUGGUCGCUUGAAGUCUGUAGCAAGAAGAACUUUUACAUAUUUGGAUGAAUACCUCGGAUUUGUUCUGUUAAACACCUCGGAAAGUUAUAUAAACUGCCCAUCUUUUUUGGAAGAUAUAUAUGAUUAUUUGGAAAUCAAAUCUGCUCAACAAGCUAAAGAAAUCAUUUUUCAGGUGAAUGAAAAAGCAUUUCAGUUCACUAGCAGUGUCAUCAAUCGACAAAAGAGAUGGACAUCCAAGAACUGUCAUUCAUGGAAUUUCAAUAAAGAUUAUGAAAUCAUUCAAAGCAAGAAUGAAUUUGAAAACGAUAAUAACCUAUAUAGCAAUAAAAACACUGUCUUGCUUAUCAGCAGUUAGGAAACAGUGACAUCUAUGGAAGAUUUUAUGCAGGUUACUUUAUGGGUGCCACAUUACCUAAAUACAAGCUAUUUGCCAAAAUUGCUGGAGAAGGAAAAUUUCUUUCUAAAAAAUUUGAAAUUGGAUCGGCUAUGUUCAGUCUAACUAAUGAAAACUCAAAGUUCAUGUUGAAGAUUUUAGGUAAUGAUAUGAAGAAAGAGAUAACCCAUGGUUUAUGUUUCAACAGAUCAUUCAGCCUUUACAAAUCGCAGUACAUAUCUAUAUAUCAAUUAAAUAUAUUUGUGAUACAAAUAAACCUAGGAUUUACAAUGAAGCCACAACUAGACAUUACGCUGAACUGCAAGGAUCGUAAUUAUGUAUUCAAACCUCAGGCACUACUUGCUGUGGGUGGCUAUGCUUCUGCUCAAAUUUUGUGUGUUAAAGCAGGGAUGGAUGCUGAUAUCACAUUCAAUUACUUCUUGAAAGCUUACUUAAACACCUACACACCCAUGUGUUCCAAAUUUACACGUGGAAAUGAUCCAAUGAAGAUAAAUUUUAGAAUUUGGUAUCAGUUAUGGCUACCUUUUUGGUGGCGUGGUGUGAACAACUGGAAGAAGUUCACGUGGAAAUUAGGUUCAGGCAGUGAACAAGAAAUACUAAAGCAGUGCUGGCUGAAUGAUGUGUGAUGCUUCCAUCUCUCAAUCAUUAUGAAUUUUAGAAAUUUAUAUUUGAUUUAUCAAAUUAUGUCAUGUCUUUAUAGAAAAGUAAUUAGAUAUAUUACAAACUAAAAUAUAUUUUAGUUGCAAUGAUGAAAGCAAUCCUUUUGAUGUUGUAUCAUUAGUAGGAAGAGUGCAAGAAAUAGUGGUAAUGGAAACGUUUU